AAUUUUUUUUAAAUAUCACAUAGUCCUGAUGAUUACUCAUUUACAGUUAAAAUGAAUUGAAUCAUUUGUCUGGUUCAAUUUAAUUACUGCGGUUUUAAUAUAAACAAUAAUUUAGUUUUUUCUCUGCAAAAACAUUUAUUAUUCUCGAGUUCAAAUAAAAGAACCACACACAAAAUAAUUUACAAGUUCUCAUGCUUGGACAUCAAGGUCGGUCAUAAUAAGAGUACUUACUACAGCGUUCUUUUUUCCUCAACGUUUUAAUAACAUGCCUACUGUGUAUAGGCAUUACAAUUUAUUAUUAAUCAACUUGCUAAAUUAAUAAAUUCUUUAUUACCACAACAAAUCAAACAGUUGCUAUACCAAUUAUAUACAACCAGCGGCGUAGCGUGCCUUGUCGGGGCCCCGUAUAAAUUUUUUUUGGAGGCCCUUAUAUGGAGGUAAAGGUUUUUCUUUACACACUUUGGGGGCCCCCGUGGCCCGGGGGCCCCGUAUAAUUGAUACGGCAAAUACGGCGGUAGCUACGCCCCUGUAUACAACGUAAAAUCAGGUCGUAAUGAUGUUCAAAUUCGCAGGUCAUCACACCACCACCGGUUUUGUUAGCUAGAUGGUCAUGGUAUUUAGUAAAUACGAAUCAGUUAUAAAAUAACACGCAAGAGUAACGUGUUCAAGUUUUUGAUCUUCUUAGAGAUAAAAUGGAAAAUUUAAAAUUCUACACUGUAAUUAUUUUCACUUUCCAAAUUGUUUUGGUAAAUUGUUGUGUAUCUACUCAAAUAAACGAUGCCUGUGAGUUGAAUAAUGGAUCUCCAGGAAAAUGCGUGCGCAUUGAAAAUUGCCCACAUGCUAUCGAACUAAUUCGAUCCAGAAAAGCAUCACCUAAACAAUGUGGAUUUGAAGGAAGACAUCCGGUUAUUUGUUGUGACUCAAAGGUAUUACUUGAACCAUUGAUUAAUCGGAGGAAUGUCGGAGAUAUAAGCAAACAAAAAUGCGCUGAAGCAUAUGAAUCAUUACUGGUUACCACAAGGAAACCAAUUAUUGAAGAACCACCAUUGCCCAAAAAUCUAUCUUUUGCCGAGCUUAUUGCAUUAGCAGAACAAGAAAAUAUUAAUGCACAUACAUCCGCCGUUGGAGGUUACAAUGCAAUUCCUCGUGAAUUUUUACACAUGGCCGCACUUGGUUACGGUGAACGUGAUCAAAUCACAUGGGGUUGUGGUGGUAGUCUUAUCAGCAAAAAGUUUGUAUUGACAGCUGGUCAUUGCAUUCAUACCAACGCUCUUGGAACCGUGAAAUUUGUGCGCCUUGGUGAUUUGAAUUUAAAAUCAAACACCGACGAUGCAAACAUACAGGAUUUUGACAUCAUUAAACUUUUCGUUCAUCCAAACUACAGAGCACCAUCGGUUUAUCAUGACAUAGCUCUUAUUGAACUCUCAAAAGAAGCAGUAAUAGAUAAUUUCGUACGCCCAGGUUGUAUUUCCGCUGAUAAUAAUAUUCCGGGAGAAGAUUUAAGCGCAACUGGCUGGGGUGUGACUAGUUUUAAUGGCGAACAGGCUGAUCACCUUCAAGAAGUUAAACUGCGUCUAUUCACAUUUGAAUCAUGUCAGAAAGCGUAUGCAUCAAUGUCCAAAAGAAGAUUAGCAAAUGGCAUUGAUGAUAAAUCACAAGUUUGUGCCGGAGAAGAUCAUAUAGACACUUGUCUAGGUGAUUCUGGAGGUCCGCUUCAAAUUAAAAACCCGCAAUAUCCCAGAGGGUAUCGCGUGAUAGGAAUAACUUCAUUCGGUAAAGCUUGUGGAAUUGGUGUUGAAGCAUCUGUGUAUACACGCGUUUCACAUUAUAUUGAAUGGAUAGAAUCUAUUGUUUGGCCGGAAUGGGCUUAAGUAUAUUAUAAAUACUGUAUAUUUACUUUUACUUUCAGGUCAUUUAUAUAAGUGACUAGCUGUUGCCCGCGACUUCGUUCCCGCAGUGUUUAAUAAAAAUGUAAUUCGUUUUUAA